AUGGAGGAUCUCGUGCGUUCGUUCAACGCCCUUCAUCGGCCGCGCACCACUCCCACCGGCCUUCCCAACCACUGGGUCUUCACCGUGAACCACGUGCCGCUUCAACCACCUGGCGACGUCGUCUUUGCCGUUCACCCACAAAGCAGAUUUGUUCUGCAAUCUGGACCGGGCCAAAUAAAGUCUCUGUCUACCGCCGCCGAAAAGGCGGAAGCCGUCAUCCCACUCCUUCUCAGUACGUUCAUCAAGGGCAGCGAAUCUCCCGGCGGCAGACAACCAGACGACCCCAUGCCCUUCGCCCCCUGGACCUGGUCCAUCGAUGAGCCCCAACUGUCCGCUGCCAUCGAGGCCGGCCUCAAGAAGCACGGAGUUAAGGAGGAGCUUUGCAAGCUUGGGGCCAGCACCGCCGAAGAACAGGAGAUUCUGAAAGACUCGUGGCUUCGUGUCGUGGAUAGAAUGAUGCAGUUCCUGGGCGGAAACAUGCCUGCGCAGUCUGCGAUCAGCCCGGGCGACCGCUCAAAGUGCCACGGCUGCGGAGCGGACAGCGCCAGCUUCUCGCAGCCGCUGAAGAAGUGCUCGGCGUGCAGCCAGGCGUGGUACCAUUCGCAGGACUGCCAGAAGACGCACUGGAAACAGCACAAGCCUACCUGUCUUGCCAACCGCCCGAGCAAGGCCCCAAGAAACGGCACGAUCAGCUCGCCUAUGGAGGCCAUGGGAGGGUCAUUCGCGAGCCCAUCCAUGAACAUGAGUGAUGAUGACGCCGGCGAGGAGGCAUACAAAUAUUACAACAAGACUGCGCGCGCCAAGCCUGAAGCGCAGGCUCUGAUGAGGGAUCUUGGUCUUGCAGUUCCAGGCUCCGGAGCUCCACCCGAGGGCAUAGCCAAACCAGUGCGCCGCCUCAUCCUCGCAGGAAAGGACACGCCUGAGAACAUGGAGCUGUUCUACGGACCACACUGGCGGGCGGGAAUGGGCAAGGAGCACCAGGACAGCAGAAUGGAAAUCCUCCUGAACCCGCCUCGCGGCUCGCCGAGCUAUGCGAUGAACAAGUGGUUAGAUGAAGGCGCGCCUGCGAGAUCUCCCCGUCCGGCGACGGAAGACGAGAAGACGAAGAUCCAGCAAAUCAAGGAGAUCCAGGAGAAGGUUCGACAGAGGGUCGGUGCCGGCAAGCAGCCCAGCGGAUCUGACAUGCAGGCGAUUCUCAAGUCGUUCGGAGCGGAAUGGGGCACCAUGAUGCCCCUCUACACGCUCGCCGUCAACACGAUGGACCAAGGCGUUCAGGCACCUAGCUGA